AGGUGUGAUUAAAGAGGAAAACAUGUUGACAGAUGGACCGUAGUGCUGGUGCGCUCCACUGCAAGGGUGAUCGUCAUUCCCCUUUCUUAGGUCUGCGUCUAUUUCGGGAGAGCAGUGACUUUCAGUAAUUCUCUUUAACUCCAGGGUGGAGACUGUCUGCAGAGAUGUAAUGAUGACGCAAACAAUAGCGAUCGUGUCCGUCAGGGGCAUACAAAUAAGUUUUCGUCGGCCCAUAGCGACACGAUCCUGAUAUGCAGAUGGUAAAACUAACCUUAUAUUUAAUUUGCUCUUGAAAACUACCUUAGUUCAUGUGACGCGUAGGGACAAUAUCUAAUCCCAGUUACCGGUAGAAAUCUCUCGUUUUCUGUCCACAAAAGCAGAUAUGAAAUGACGAAAUGGGAAACUUGAAUGCCGAUGAGUCAUGUUUUAAUGGUGAAUAGGCCAGUGGAAUACUGACAGAAGGAACAUGAUUGAUCAUCAUAAUCAGCUCACACUAAAUGUAUUGUUCUGUCUGAUCACAAUUCAAUUUGGCUGUAGAUUAAUCUGCAUAAAAUUAAUAUUCCCAGGCCAUCGACUGAAAAGUAAUUUUAAAAUAUGAUUUGGUCAGCAAUUGACUGGACCUGUGACCAUAAUACACGGCGUUUGAGUCCUUCAGUGGCGCACAAGGACACCUAGCGGAGAUAAUGUGGAAGUCUCACUCUUUUGCGUAGUCCCCUACAAGUAUGCGUGAAUGGGAAGUCGCGACGUUGUGCAGUCUCUGGAGGCAAGGUGUGGAGUUAGUUGGAUGCUUUAUUUUCAUUCAAAACCUAUCCGUCCCUGGCAAGUGUGCCAUUUCACUGCAAUUAGUCGAGUGCCAAUAGGCGCACAAUGAGUACUGUAGGUGUAGUCUUUUUAGAAGGUGAUUUUAGACACUCUGAAAAUAACAAAAGUGUCUCUGUGUAGGUUACAUUACAUUUUAUAUUUCACUGAUGAUUGCCGAUGCGCCACUCAUUGUAAACGAUUUCCCCAUUUGUAUCCAAGAUCCAGUAUUGUUAUUGUUUUUCUGACUGGCGGGAUGGAGUGAAGAAGUGACGCUUCAAGUGACUGGAGAGAAACAAAAAGACUCAUUUGCGCGAACGGUGGUGGGACACACUGGUCGGACGUUCUGUCUUCACACCUGUUUGACUGCAUGGAAUAAGGAUACUGCUUUUUGCAUAUGCCCUACCAUGGCUGAGGACUAACUAUAUUUUGUAGCUAUUCCAUGAAGAGUAAUUGAAUACACGGUUCGGACAUCAUGGAGGAUAUCUUGAAUGACUUUUGGUCCGUCAACGAGACAUGGAAGAACGCAUCCUUCAGUAACGCGACUGAAGCGGGGAACCACACAGUGAACCCCUUGAAGCGGAAUGAAGAAGCGGCCAAGGUGGAGGUGGCGGUUCUCGCCCUGGUCUUAUUUCUAGCUCUAGCCGGUAACCUUUGCGUCUUGGUUGCUAUUCAUACAACCAAACACACUCAGUCGCGAAUGUACUACUUCAUGAAGCAUCUUAGUAUUGCGGAUCUUGUAGUUGCAAUAUUUCAGGUCUUGCCUCAACUUAUUUGGGACAUAACUUUUCGCUUUUAUGGACCAGAUAUUCUUUGCAGGUUAGUCAAAUACCUGCAGGUAGUUGGCAUGUUUGCAUCUACCUAUAUGCUUGUAUUGAUGUCUAUAGACAGGUGUUUAGCAAUCUGCCUGCCACUCCGUUCUUUGCACAGGCGAAAGGACCGACUUUAUGUCGUUUUGUCAUGGGUCCUGAGCCUAUUGUUCAGUAUUCCUCAAGUGUGCAUUUUCUCCUUGAAAGAAGUUGGACCCGGAGUAUAUGACUGUUGGGGUGACUUUGUGCAGCCCUGGGGUGCCAAGGCAUACAUCACUUGGAUUAGCCUAACCAUCUAUAUAAUACCAGUAGCUAUAUUGAGUAUCUGCUAUGGACUAAUUAGCUUUAAAAUAUGGCAAAAUUUUAGAAUGAAAACCAAGAAAGACCACUGUAUCACGCUUACUCCAAAGACAUCAAAAGGAAACGUGCUUGCAAGAGUGAGUAGCGUGAAGCUGAUUUCAAAAGCAAAGAUCACCACCGUGAAAAUGACUUUUGUCAUUGUCUUGGCUUAUAUCGUUUGUUGGACGCCGUUUUUCUUCGUGCAGAUGUGGUCUGCGUGGGAUCCAGCGGCUCCGAGGGAGGCCAUGCCUUUCAUCAUCUCCAUGCUCCUGGGCAGCCUGAACAGCUGCUGCAACCCCUGGAUCUACAUGUUCUUCGCGGGCCACCUGUUCCACGACCUGCGGCAGACGCUCCUCUGCUGCCCGGCCAACUACUUGAAGUCCGCGCAGUGCCGCUGCGAGCGAGACCAGGACUCCAGCCGCAAGAGCAACUCCUCCACGUACGUCAUCAAAAGCACCAGCAGCCAGCGGAGCAUCACUCAGACCUCCACCACGUAGUGUAGCUCCUGGUCCAGCUCCAGGUGCUCUCUCUCCCUCACUACCAUCCCAAGUCAGCCCCAUCACGGCAAACGCGCCGAGGGGAGUCACGCCCCUGCAGCUCCCCUCCCCCGACUCAUCGAGCCACCUCCUCACCCAUCCUCUCACCCGUCUGUGUGACAUCUUCUUGCGUUCCGUAAACCUGGUCUGAGACCUACCGUAACUAGUGUGGUCAAAUGUGGUGACAUUCUUGAUUUUUCUUUCUUUAUUGCUUUCCUGGAGGGGGCAGCAAUUAUUGAUUGGGUGUGUACAGUAUAUAUUUUGGUAGGUCUCUGGACAUGUGUGUGUCUUCACAUGUGGGUGAACUUUCCAGUUCUGAUUUGGUCAUAUGACCCCCUUGUAAAUUGCUUCAAGCCGUGCUGUAGUCAUGUCCCGCACAAGGGCCCCAAUCUCUCUGUGCCGUAAAAAGCAAGGGCCUUUAAGAAGAAAAAACUGUUAGUCCACGGAAGAAGAAGGUUCUUUAAUGCAUUUCACCCACAUGUGGCCUCAUGACGUGUCUGUAGUGUCCACGGCUGUUUGGCCUCACCUUGUGAACCCAUGCCAUACGUGACAUCACCACGUCACACAUUGGAAUGUACAAACAUUACAAGAUAGACCAAAUGUGACAAGUCUACUCACUAAUUCUUGUUUUCUUUUUUCCAGAGAGCAAAGGAAAGAGUUUGUCACAUUCUUUUUCCAUGAAAUAAAUGUAGGAGCUGAUGAAGGAAUGUGUAUAGAAGAAUCUGUGUAAUAUAUUUCAAUAUUUAUACUAGACAUGUUAUCACAACUCUGAACUAAAUCGGCCUUUUUGGAUUCCUCUGAGAUUUGCUAUAAGCACACAGAAGAUAUAGAAAUAUGUUUACACUUCACAGAAAAAUAUGACAUCACACAAUUUCUAUUCUUAUUUAUCUGUAUUGUAUAAAGAUAGAUUGUCGGACUAUGAAAUGACUAAUGAAUUGCCUUAACACACAGACUUGAAACCUUGGUCCACAUAUAAUAUAUGACAGUAUUAGCAAUGUUUUGGGAUUCUUUUAUUACGUCGGUUACUUAUUUUACAAAAAAGAUUCACCUAAGUUUGUAAGGUGUGCAUUUCACCUUUUCUUUUAUUAGGCUACUGACUUUUUUUCUCUGAAAACAAUAUGGUCAUUUUCAAUUUAGUGUGAUAUAAUUAAAACUGUGUAGAUGUAGCUCUUAUUUAUUGAAAAUAAAAAUGUAUGUGCCAA